AUGCCCACCCACGCGGCUGCUUGCCUCCACAGUCCCAAGGCAACCAUGGUCAACACUAUCCCUGUUCCAUCGAUCAAGCUCAACACGGGCGCUUCAAUCCCCGCCAUCGGUCUUGGUACCUGGCAAUCCCAGCCCGGAGAAGUGGCGGCUGCUGUCGAGACAGCUCUCAAGGUGGGUCCUCGUUGGCGAUGGUGCGAGGAUGACGUAAGAUGUUCCUUCCGUUCCUAAGCUACAGCUCACCCGUAUCCUCUCUUGCCCCGAUCUACAGAACGGUUAUCGCCACAUCGAUGGAGCUUGGAUCUGUAAGUCUACCAGUCGCUUCAACGCCCCCAACAUCACAAGAUCACCUUUGCCUCCAAGGAGAUGAUCAGUCGAAAGCUUCGGUUGCUCCGGCCCGGCAGCUCCGCAUGCACUCACGGAGGGCUGAUGGACCGCAACUUCGCUCUGGCAGACGGCAACGAGCAAGAGGUUGGCGAGGGCAUCAAGGCCAGUGGGGUUGAUCGUUCCGAAAUCUUCAUCACCACCAAGUUGUGGUGCACGCACCAACGCGAUGCCGAAGCCGCGAUCGAGAAAUCGCUCAAGUUGCUCGGCGUGGACUAUGUCGACCUUUACCUUAUUCACUGGCCCGUGCCGAUGAACCCUAAUGGCAACGACCCCAAGUUCCCCAAAAAGGAGGACGGCAGACGCGACCUCGAUCUCGAGGAGUGGUCCGUCGCCAAAACGUGGGAAGGUAUGGAGAAGGUGUACAAGAGCGGCAAGGCCAAGGCGAUCGGCAUCUCCAACUUCUCCGAGGCCUUCAUCGAGGACCUGCUCAAGACGGCCAAGGUCGUACCCGCGGCGAACCAGAUCGAGCUCCACCCUUACCUCCCCCAACACGAUCUCGUCAAGUACUGCCAGAGCAAAAACAUCGCCGUCGAGGCCUACUCGCCUUUGGGAUCGACCGAUUCACCCCUGCUCAAGGACGAGGAGAUUGUCAAGAUCGCCGAGGCUCAUGGUGUCUCGGUCGGCACGAUCCUCAUCUCUUACCAAGGUGAGCCAGGGUAUCGCGCUACUUCCACAACAAGUGGGAAGACCUGAGCUUACUCCCCGUGUCUCUCGGCGCGGAAUCGCAGUCGCUCGCAACGUCGUCGUGCUGCCCAAGUCGGUCACCCCCAAGCGCAUCAUCGACAACUUCCAACUCGUCAAGCUCAGCAGCGAGGACCUCGAGACGCUCAACAGCAUGCACAAGACCAAGGGAAAGAGGUUUAUCAAGGUCAGUCCGAAUAGCAAUGGCGGACUGGGACAACCGGGACCGACGCUGACCAGCUUUGUUUCGGUGACCAUCAGCCUGACUGGGGCAUCGAUCUCAAGUUCGCCAACUGGGACUGA